UGGCUCUAGUAUUUGGUGUCUCUAGAUUCCAUCAAUAUUUAUAUGGUAGAAAAUUUACCCUUGUGACUGACCACAAGCCCUUGACUUACCUGUUUGGCAGAGAUGCUACUACACCUACAAUGGCUUCUCCUCGUGUCCGGCGUUGGGCGCUUAUCUUAUCUGCUCACGACUAUGAUAUUAAGUACAAAAAAGGUCCAGACAAUUCGAAUGCAGACUCCUUCAGUCGCCUCCCUCUUCCUGACCUGCCACAGUCCCCUACUUCACCAGCGGAGCUGGAUUGAGUAAUUGGACUACUAGAAUCUUCUGAAGUUGUGGAUGCUGCUGCCUUGCGGAGGGAGACUCAACGUGAACCAACUCUCUCACAGGUGCUGCGCUGGGUGAAAUGGGGCUGGCCCAGCAAAGAUCCCGGAGGUGUCUAUGGAGCUUACUACAUCAGAAGAAAUGAAAUCUUUCUCAAGGAUAGCUGCCUAAUAUGGGGUGCACGUGUUGUCAUCCCUGAAAAAUUUAGAGACUGUGUUUUGGGCCUGCUUCACGAUACUCACAUCGGUAUGUCAAGAAUGAAGGCGCUGGGCCGAAGUUACGUGUGGUGGCCUGGAAUAGAUAAGGAUGUGGAAGCCACGGUUAAGUCAUGAAGGAAAUGUGAAGAACACCAAAAUGCCCCUGAGGCUGCUGAACUACAUCCUUGGGAGUGGCCCACUAUUCCCUGGUCGAGGCUACACGUUGAUCAUGCUGGACCAUUUAUGGAUAACGGAACUGCCUUCACGAGUGAGCAAUUUAGCAAGUACUGCCAGAAAAGUGGCAUAAAGCACAUUAAGUCUGCCCCACUACCAACGGUUUAGCCGAGCGUGCAGUUCAGACCUUCAAAUCGACUAUGAGGAAGAUGGAGGAGGAGUCUGUACCCUGGAGUGUUCGAAUCAACCGUUUUCUCUUCAAGUAUCGAAAUACUCCUCAAAGCACCACUCAGCAGACACCUUCACAGCUCCUCAUGAACAGGGAGGUGCGUACUCGCCUUUCCAUGAUACAAGGCGACCUGACCACCAAGAUUCUUCGAAAGCAGGCAACUCAGUGCGAGGUUCAUGACAAGCAUGCUAGAACUCGAGUCUUCGUGGAAGGGGAUAAUGUGUGUACACAUUUUGGUGGACCCAAACUAGAAUGGGUUGCAGGAACAAUCCUGUCAAAAACAGGUCCGUUGUCCUACAUCGUCCAGCUUCACGACGGGCGAACAGUGAGAAGGCAUGUCGACCACAUUAGAAUUCGACACCUCGAAGCUAUAGCGAAACCUAUUGAUGCUGAGUCUUUUCUUCCAGACUAUAUACUCGAACCAGUGAUCCAACGUCCAGACCAGAUCGUUCCUGCUCCUGUUGAAGUUCUACCAACCCCUCCUUUACCCAAGAUGACGACUCCUGAAACUGAGGCUUCCGGGGGUUCGAAAUCUCCAGUACCGAGUAUUACGGUUCCUGAGGCAGAACAAUUGGUUUCAACUGACUCCACUCUUGACACCACACCCUCAAAGGCAAGCUACCGUCCUGACCACAUUAAAACUGGCAACCGCUGUUACGGCUCUCCAUCUUCCCUCUUCUCUGGGCCCCCACUACAACACACGGCGAGGUCAGAUUAUGGCUUGGCGCACGGUUGCUUGGGCGCGUGUGGCACGGAGCCAGACCCAGGGACUAAACUCCGAGUUGAAUUGCUGGCCUGGGUUGUGUCCGGCAGUACAAACUUGGCCGACAGGGCCAAAGACAAGUUGAGAGGCUAUGCAGUGAAAUUUAAUGUGGACAGCAUGGGAAAAGUUGGUGAAAGAACGCGCAUGAAAGCCAAGUACAAACACAACUAUCACCUCUCCUUCAGUGAAACCGCCCCAGAUGGGAACCGCCUUGUCGUGGUGGGGGAGCUUGCGUGCCUCUGUGACCUGGCGAGCUAG